AUGGCUUCCAUUACCGUGGUGCCGGACACCGACGGCGACCGCACGCCACUUAAUAGCGAUUACAUGCCGGCAUAUCCUGGCGGAGCGACGGAGUGCUAUUCACCGCCGUCAGCGGAGCAGCCGCCACCGAAGAAUUCAGAUGUCCCCAACCAACGCCUCGUGUCGCUCGACGUUUUCCGAGGCCUCACCGUUGGCCUGAUGAUCUUAGUUGAUGAUGCCGGCAAAGCAUUUCCGUCGAUAAACCACGCGCCGUGGUUCGGAAUGACCCUUGCAGAUUUUGUCAUGCCGUUUUUUCUAUUCGGAGUAGGUGUUUCUGUCAGUCUCGUUUUCAAGAAUGUGAGAAACAGAUUAAAUGCCACCAAGAAAGUAGUACUGAGAUCCAUCAAACUCUUUAUGCUAGGAGUGUUUCUUCAAGGUGGGUAUUUUCAUGGUCGAGGCGAUUUAACUUAUGGGGUUGAUGUAACGAGAAUACGAGUGAUGGGUGUGCUUCAGAGGAUUGCUAUUGGAUAUCUUAUAGCCUCACUUUUGGAGAUUUGGCUCGUCAAAACUACAGUUAUAAAUUCCACAAGAACAUUUGUGAAGAGAUACUCCUUCCAGAUUGGGGCUACAAUUCUACUAAGUUCAUUAUACAUGACUUUGCUGUACGGCCUGUAUGUUCCAGACUGGGAUUUUGAUGAGUCGAGUCUCAGCACGAUUUUACCCAUAUCACAUGGAGCUAUUAGGAAAAUUGUUCACUGUGGAAUUAGGUGCAAUCUCCAACCUCCCUGCAAUGUGGUUGGAUUUAUUGAUCGAAUAGUUCUUGGUGAAAAGCAUCUCUAUCAGCGUCCUGUAUAUCGAAGAACAAAGGAAUGUAGUAUCAACUCUCCAGAUUAUGGUCCUCUGCCACCAAAUUCACCUGUAUGGUGCCUCGCUCCAUUUGAUCCUGAGGGCAUCUUAAGCUCUGUGAUGGCUGCCGUUACAUGUUUUGCUGGAUUGCACUAUGGUCACAUUCUUGUGCAUUUUAGGGGCCAGAUGUUGAGGGUGCUUUUGUGGUCCUUAUCAUCCCUAACUCUUCUGUUACUGGGAUUUUUUCUAAAUCUUCUAGGUGUUCCAUUUUCUAAGCCACUGUACACCUUAAGUUAUAUGUUCAUUACAGCAGGAGCAUCCGGUUUUCUUUUGACUGCUAUAUAUUUUAUGGUUGAUAUCAAAUGCAUUAAAAAGCCGACCAUGAUAUUUAAGUGGAUGGGAAUGAAUGCACUUAUCGUGUAUGCUUUGGCUGCUUGCGACCUAUUCCCAGCGGCUCUCCAAGGUUUUUACUGGCGUUCACCGGAAAACAACCUGGUUGACUGGUUUGAAAGGUCAUUACAAUUACUGUUCCAGUCGAACAAGUGGGGCACACUUGUAUUUGUUAUGGUAGAGAUCUUAUUUUGGGGUGUUGUGGCUGGAUUUCUUCACAUGAAGCGUAUCUACAUAAAAUUAUAA